AGGACUGUUUAGAUCCUAUGUGUUCUGGCCAUGGAGUCUGUGUUCAAGGGGAAUGUCACUGUUCCAUGGGUUGGGGAGGAGUCAGCUGUGAAACAUCACUCCCUAUCUGCCAAGAACAGUGUUCAGGCCAUGGCAGUUUUCUUUUGGAUACUGGAGUAUGCAACUGUGACCCAAAGUGGACAGGUUCUGACUGCUCAACAG